AUGUCAUUAACUACAAUGAAUAAAUUUAUAGAUGAUGUUGAGAUGGGUCAUUUUGCUUCUUCAAAUGAUUCGUUAGCAACGACAGGCAUCGGUCCAUGUAUUGGAUUCAUCAUAUUGUUGGAUGAUUAUCAACAUAUAUUAAUUGAACAUCGAAGUUCGAUAAACUUACCACGUGAAUUUGAUUUGGACAAUGUUCGUUCAUUGUUGAAGAAUCUCGUUCGACAUGUAACUACAACAUUACCUGGAUUAAGUAUUACGCAAGUUUAUUAG